UAAUUUUUUACCUCUGCAUUACAAAUGAGGCUAAAUAGGUCAUUUCCCUCAAGGUGUUUUAGUGAGAUUUUUUUAUUAAAGUUCGACUUUCAGCCCGGAUGUUUGUGCGAAAUUGGAAAGUAUCACCGCGAACUGUUAGUUUAAGAAGCCAGCAGCAGGUUCUUUUGAAAAUAUCAAAAUUGAUGCUAUUUUGUUUAUGUUAGCGGGAGAAUUUGUGGCGACGAAAAGUCUUUAUCGCGAAUUGAGAAGGAAGAAUUAUUUUUGACUGAGUACCAGACAGGCUGACAUGGAAACGAGAUACAGGCCGCUUUUGCGCAUGCUCUAUAGGUUCAAAAUAAAAGCGGCCUUGCUCCAGCUGUAAUAUCCAGUUCGCUGUUCUUUCUAUUUGCGGGGUAUCUGUCUCUAUCUUUGGUCAAUCUACCGCAUCUUCCGGUUAACUAGUCCGAGCUGGCACUUACACCACGGCAAUAACUUCUCCUUCGCAUUGGAACAAGCAUUUUUAUCUCCAUCUCAUUGGUUUUUGCCACUCGUAGACGUCCGGUCCGGCCAACUAAGUGGUUUACAAAGCUCUUUGCUUUAUUGGUAAUUUCGAGUUUGGUAAACGCGAGCGAUCCGGGUGUAGGAAUCGGGCUUUGAUUAUCGGAAGCCUUGCGACUGCUCUUUCCAAAUACAGCGCAGAAAUCGUGGAAAGUGGAAUUCACUAACUGCAAAAACCCAGGUUGCUGAACACAAAUCGUCUGGUGUUUUGAAUGCCGAGAAAACACGCAGAAUUUUCGGUUCCUGCGGAAAAUGUCUGCAUGACGGACUGGAUAAAAUUUAAUCAAUCAGAUGGAAAAGCUUGGUGGACCAGCUUAUAUACCUAAUCCUCUGACUUCUCCUGCACUUAUGGUACUUGCGUCAACUGCCGAGGCUGCACGUUCUACAGCAUCAUCUCCAGGACCUAUGAAUGAUUAUCACGCGGUGUACUCCUCACCAUCUAACCGCUACAUUGAUGGUGAAGCUGUUCACAGGAUGGUGUUGAACUCAACACAUUAUCAACACAGGUCGUCGCAUCUUGCCCUUUAUCCUGGUACAGAACACUAUGCAGAAAGAAUGCCGCAUGAAUUUGGCCCUCAUUUUCUUCAGCUGCAUCACCAUUUAGGAGGAGGGCUUCUGCAUAAAACAAGCGGACCAACCGCAGUGUUUAAUGGAACUGGUGCGUUCCGCAGGGUCGUUCCCCCCGAACAUGCCUUUCCUUUCCAUCAUUUACAACAUCAGCGAAACUUGUUGGAACGUGAUCACCACGUUGAUACCUUGUACAAAAGCUCUGAACUCGAGAAAGAGGCAAGCUUAGAUAGGGCAUCAAAAGAGAGGAUUUCCCCGCGAAAACCUGAGAAGGACAGUGACACGCGUAUGAAAGGAGAUCAACCUUUGAGCCCUAGCCCAAGAAGACCAAGCUCUCAUGAAGAGUCUGAUAACAAUAAUAUUGAACCUGUGAGCGUCAAAAGAGAACACACAGAGCAAUCAGAAUGCUGUAAAAGCAGCGAAACUGAUGACACAGAAGCUAGUGUGGACUCUCAAUCAAAAGGAAGGCGGAGAUCAUCGUCAAUGCAAUUGCCAUGUUGUCCUGUUUGUGGCACUAGCAUCAGGCCUGGUGAAAUGGAAAGCCACUUUGCUUGGGAAAUGGAAAGAUUCUGUGAUGAAAACAGAAAACUCAGAAGAAGUCAAAGAGAGUCUGCUAUGCAAGCACGGAAGAAUGGUGAAGCCUACCAGAAGAAGGUAAAGCAGGAAUUCAAAGGAAACCCUUCAAAUCACCCUGAUGACACACCAGCCAGUACCAGACAGCAGACUUAUUUAAGAGUGUGUGCCAACAGAAUGGCAAGAAGUGGCCGUUCAACACCGCUCAAGCCAACAAGGUCCAGAAGCUCUCAAAGCUCACCAGUGAAUUCACCUCUAGGUGGAGAGGAAGGACCGUCAGGAAUAAAAACAACAUUGUGUCCUGUGUGUGGAGAAGUGAUUCACGGAAAUGGAGAUGAGUUAAAUUCUCAUGUGGAAACUUGCUUAAGAAAGAAAGAGGGUGGUGGUGUUGACGACAUUGAUGACACUAAUGGCCAGGAGGUGUUUGAAGAAUACGAGUGGGCUGGACAAACCAGAAUACGAGCCACAACUCUACUGGAAGGAGGCUUUAGAGCAUCAGGUUUUCAAACGGGUAUUAAACGGAAGAGAGAGGAAGAAGAUGAUGGAGAUCUCAAUAUUGAUGGCGACGAUUCUGAAGAGUAUGGGAAACCUCAGUACACAGAAGCUGAUGUGAUUCCUUGCAGUGCUGACGAGCCUGAUGAGGAUCACGUCAGACAGGCUCUCAGGGGAGCAGUGAUAAGUGGUGAAAACUCUCCAGUAGGCAAAAAUGGUCCUACGAAAGAACAGAGCCCAGAAGAUGAAACUGAAGACGAUCCUGCGGAAACAAAAGUUAACAAACAUAACGAAGAUAGAGAUCACCAGUAAGUGUAUAAUACCAGUUUGGUCAGUUUUUUAUUUGAUUAGAAGUGGCUGAAAAAUGGAGAACAACUGAUGACAAUGAUAGUACAAGCGCGAUGCAGUUAUGAAAGUAAGAGAUGCGGUUAACUAAUGGUUAAAAAAAAAAAUAGAAAAAUUAGAGACCUUUAGACGUAGAUACAGAAACUUCUUUAAGUGCGCUAUUUGACCGCAAGUUGUAAAUGAAAUACUCACAAGAUUAGGCCGUUUAUGUCUAGUUCGUCACAACAUUCCUCGCUUCCACACACAGACAAGUAUGGAAUUAGAUCGAUGUGCAGAAAGCCAGGAUUUCAUGGCCAAUACCGGACAUUGUGAACGCUGGUGCCAUCAUGUUUUGUCAGUGAAUAGACAUGGAUGAAAGAAUUAAUCACAUUCGUCGAUUUCCACCAAAACACGUCAAGUGUCUACUGAUAAACUUCUCAAACUCAUUAAUAAUUCAUCAAGCUUAUAACAAAGGAAAUCAUGACCGUGACACGAGUUGGGAUGGAUGAUCCCACUUAGCAUAGAUUUUUACGAUAUUAAUUCUCCGUUUUUUCUUCAGUGUUAGUUUCGAUUGAGAAG